AUGUCUGUUUUCAGUUGUGUUCCACAGUCCUCACAGUGGGAGGGAACAGACCAUCACCAAUUUACAGCAGGUGCAUGAUCACCUAAGUGCUGCCAGCUUGCUAGCUAUCGUAGGCCCCGAUGAAGGAUAGGCAGUUCACAGACACAUUCAUGGGCAUGGCAUGCAUUCAUGCACCGCCGGCAGUAGGCCUACAUCCCUGGGACAUUAUCUUGGGAGGAAAGCAGACAAGAUAUAGGCCUGUUUAAGUUCUAAUUACUGAUAUCUCAGGUUUUGCAGGAAAGAAGAAAACGUUAAUUUGAAGACAUGGCUGACAAGGCUAACCAUAAAGAUGACCUCCCAUUGAUGGCAAACAGCGAUGAGAUUCUUGUUAGGCAUUAUGUUCUUGACUGGAGCUUUGAUAUGGAGCGGAGAGAAGUGGAGGGAUCGGUCAUAGUCAUUCUUGAUCCCGUAGAGAAGGAAAAACAUACAGCAGUUGACUUGAAAGACAGCUCAGAGACAUGUCGGUUAACUUUGCCUAAAGCUAAUAAGAAAGUGUGUGAAAGUUCCAAUUCCAAUUGCAAUUCGACAGCUGAGUCAUCAGUUGAGAUCAAGGUAGCAAAUUAUAAUCUAACGCCUGAAUCUAGAGAAAUAGCUGCGUCAUGUGAACAGGUAUCAUCUUGGGUUAAUCGUUCCAUUGUAGCUGUUCCUUUACCCCCUCCAUCAGAAGACCUAGGUCAAGAUUCACCAACCCACUUUCUCGUGACAGAUUCAUUGGACACCUCUCAUGUUGUUCCAUCGAAUCAACAAGUAAAGUCUGCUGGACAACACCGGGAUCUUGUCUGCAAUAAGUUAGGGACGUGCUCCUGUGGGCUAAACCAACCCCCACAAAAUGGGAACUUUAACUUGCUUCUGGAUUGCUGUGACCUUUGUGUAGACUCGGUUGAAGAGGUGAUCAUUCCAUCAACACAAUACGUUGUGAUGUUUUCCAAUGAAGAACAGGACUCUGAUAUGUUGUAUGAAGAAUAUCUAAAAUGUAAAGACUUUACAUGUAAACCAUUAGAAUACUUAGUUGAGAAGUGGUGCUUGAGAAUUUGGAAAGACAAUGUGACUGAUCCAUCAGAUUUUCCACGGGUGGUUCGGGUCAAGUAUAAAACCAGUUCUAGUGGUGCGUCUCUCUGGUGGAUCAAGGACCAAGAUGGAAAGCCCUGUGUCUUCACUCCUGCAGCUUGGAUAAACAACCGGUCUUUAUUCCCAUGCCAAGAACCGCCAAUGGCCCUUGCAUCCUGGCAGGCCCAUGUCACAGUGCCACAUGGUCUGGUUGUGCUCAUGAGUGGAGACAAGGAACCUGUGGUGACAUGCUUUGACCAGGGCAAGGCGACUUAUUACUAUCACACAAAGAUGCCUCAUCCAGCAGCCGUUCUUGCCAUUGCUGUUGGACAUUGGAAGAGGAGAACACUUGUGGCUGGGUGUGCACUCAGUGAGUGCAGCAGGUCUCUGACAGAAAUCUGCCAUCACCAGCCAAGAUGCAAGAUCUCCUACACAGACCAGCAAGUCCUGCCAUGUCAUCUCUAUGCACCUGACUCAUUACUAGAUGAGGCAUAUUCAGAGUUCGAAGACUACUUCAAAGAAAGCUUCCAGGCAGCUUAUGACACCCUUGGGCCUCACCCUUUUCCACGGCUUGAUGUCCUCAUCAUUCCUCGGAGCUUUGUCAGUUUGGGUUUGGCGAAUCCAAACCUGAUGUUCCUCUCACAGUCCUUGGUAUCCGGUGAUGGCAGCUCCUGUAUCCGUAUCUCACAUGAGCUCUCUCAUUCGUGGUUUGGCAUACUGAUUGGUGCUAGGGACUGGACAGAGGAAUGGCUGAGUGAGGGCUUUGCUACUUAUAUGGAGGACAUCAUUCAUGCAAAGGUUAUGAAGUGGGAUACCACACAAGCCAGAUACCAUGCUGAACUGAGAGCUAUGAUACGAUACAAGGUACUAUGUGCUGAGCUUGAGAACACCGAGGAAGAGCUACAGUCACUUCGCCCGAGUCAAGGGAAGGAAACUAGAGAUCAAGAAACAUCUGUUCUCUACGUCAAGAAUGGCAUGAAUCCAAACAAGAGGUUCACUCAGGUGCAUUAUCUCAAGGGUUACUUCCUCUUGAGGCACCUAGCUGGCCUGGUAGGAGAUGAGGCUUUGAAUCGAUUCAUCCGUAGAUAUGCCACAGAGUUCCAUGGGAAGUCUGUCCUCUCGCGGGAGUUGUUUUCUCUCAUGUUUGAGGUUUUCCCUGACCUAAGUGAGAAAGGAAUAACUAUGAGCAGCAUUUACCACGACUGGUUGGACAAUCCUGGCAUGCCAAAGGAUCUGAAGGAAUUCAAACCAAGACCAGAUAAUCAUCUGUACAAGCAAGUUCUCAAUGUGGUCAAUAAGUGGUGCACCUACAACAGCAUGAGCAUCAAAUACAGAAAAAGCCAGAAGAAACUGAAGGAGAUAGACAUUUGCGACAUCGGAGAUAUAAAGCUAGUCCCCGAACAAGUGGUACUACUGUUAGAAGACUUGUUGGAGGAGGCCAGCUUAUCCAAGGUCACCUUGGAGCAGCUCAGGGACGUGUACAACAUAUCCAGAUGUAAUGCUGAUAUUCAGCAUCGGUGGUGCGAGUUGGUGGUGAAACACAGUUACAGUCCUGGUUAUGGAGAUAUCAAGGCAUUCUUGCGCAAUCACCAGGCAAUGGGUAUCUAUCUGUACGGAGAGCUUGUCCUUUCUGGGAAGAAAGCACAGCGCCAGAUUGCUGAAGAGGCUUUUCAUGAGUUAGCAGAUGAAAUGGAAAAAGACACAUAUGUUUCAGUUAAGGAGAUGGUUUUUGGAGGCAAUUGAUAACAGCGGAACCAGAUACAAAUUAGUUUUUUCUAAAUAGUUUCUAUAAAUGCUGGUAUGUUUUU